GUAAGUUCGUAAGUAACCAGAUCGCAGUUCAACGUGGCGUUACCUGCCAAUUGGUAUUCGGGGGUGGGGGCAAUUUCAAGAUGAUUGUGAAUUAUUUUCUUUUUCGGAGUUUUAACGUAACAACUAAAGAAACAGAACAAAAAGAAAGAGGAAAGUAGAAAACGAGAGGGAUCCAUCGCCAUCCGCAUUCGCUACAGUCGACGAGCAGACAACUCACCGAGAUCAUAUCUCAGUCCAAACCCUAGCAUUGUGAAUCGGUUAUCUGAGCCUCUUAUCGGAUCUUCCAUAUCAAUGGCAUCUUGAUCGGACAGGUCUUAAACUCGUAUUCUCGUCGAGGAGCUGUUGGAUCAUAUGAAGUACUUAGUCGGUCCUGUAAGUGUUGAUUCCAAUGUGCAGUUGUUGCAUCUUCUCCCAGGUGACGAAUUCUUUGGCGGAUUAAAUAAGGUGAAUUGGGAAAGAUUCAGUUCUUUAAUUGCAAGUAUUAUCAUACUACUAGAUUGGGUUGGUGAAGGAGUGAGGCUAUCAUGGCUGAAGAAGAUGUGCAAAUUGAAUUAAAAUUCAGAAUCUAUGAUGGAACAGAUAUGGCUCAUGGCACCUAUCCACUGUCCACUACUGUUGUUUCUCUUAAGCAACGGCUUAUGGCUGAUUGGCCUCAAGAUAAAUCGGUUAUACCAAAGUCAGUAAGCGAUAUAAAACUAAUACAUGCUGGCAAAUUUUUGGAGAAUAAUAAGACACUUGCAGAAUCUAGAGUGCAUUUUGGUGACCUUCCUGGUGGUGUUACUACUAUGCAUGUUGUUGUGCAACAACCCCCUAUAACAAACAAGAAUACAGCGCGUCUCCGGAUUUCUCUCUGUCGUCCAAAUGCUCUCACGAUCCCAGCGCGUCUUCAUGUUUCUCUCCAGCAUGUCUCGCGGAUUUUUUGCAAAUAUCGUGGCUGGUUUCGCAGAUUGUCCGUCUCCAUGACAGACAAGAAUCCGGAGAGGCAGAAUUUUUGCUCAUGUUCCAUCAUCUGAACUGGGAGGCAGCUUUGUGGCUUUCAUGCAAAUGGGAAAGCAUUUCACAUUUUUGGCCUUCCAUUAUAUUGUAAUUGCUAUGUAACAUUCUAAAUGGCACCCAUGAUUCGCAGUUUGAGUUUCCUACCUGUAAAUUGUUUCUGCUGCUGCUGAUAUUGUAAUCAUUUUUCUAUAGGCCAAACCAAAAUUCGUACCGUGACUAUUCUUUUUCCCGUCAUAGAGUUGGUUGACUUUUCCUCUUUGGCUGUGGUGUUGUAAGUUGUGCAGAUGGGGUGUGUGUGUGAGAGAGAGAGCACUGUGGGUUAAUUGUAACUAUGAUAAAUGGACUGAAGUUGUAUUGUGUGAAUAAAUAGGCAAGGAAACUGUGAUAAUAUUCUUGGAUGAUUUAA